CACAGUGGGCCUGUUGAUAUGAUUGAUAUCGUUCUGCUUCAAUACACAGAGCCAUCUCAUACACAUGUAUAUAUAUAAUUCAUAAAGCAGGAAAAUUCAGCCUUAUUUCCCUCCAAGCGGCACGGAUACAUGGGUCAGUAGUUACGUACAUGUAACAGAGUCAGAGUUCAUUAUUGCUGGCUACUUUUCAUUCUCAGGCCACUUGUCAGGUGAGAGCCUGUACCUCACUAAAGGGUAAAGUCAACUACCUGUUUAGUUUGGGUUUACCCAUUGGUCUUCCUCCUACAAGCACGUACAUAUUUUCCAGCUAUAUGGUUCUGCGUAGCCAACAGACUCCAUGCUAGAUGAACAAGUCACCCAUCCCUUACAUCGAGACACCAGCCUUUAUUCACCAACGAUACCAGGACAUCUCACAAGUGAUCUUCCACCAACAAGAGAGGAAGAAGAAGAAGAACUCUCCUGGGAGGAAACAUGAUAAUGCCUACAGGCAGCACCCUUUUAUCGACGACGGUGCUGAUGCUACUGCCAGUGCCCAUGGUGGUGCUACUGCCGGUGCUACUGCUGCCUCUGUUCAGUUUAGUAACUAUGGCAACACAGGAAUUGUAGUCCGAAAGGAGGCUGUUGAAGACUCUGUGAACAGCAUAGACACACCCACGAGAAAGGCACGCUUACCAAUUAGUGUCGAACGAAAAGACGGACAUGUUGUGCAAAGUCGAUUGUGCGUGUUAAUGUGAUUGCUUCUGUCUAUCGGUUACAGCGUCAUAGCUUCUGUACAUUAGAUAAUGCUUCAGCAUUGUUAAUUUUAUUUAUUAAUAAUUCACUUUAAAUACAAAAAGUGUUAAUUUAUGUAUAUAUCAGAGUAUUAUACCUAUGCUUUAUUUUUUGUAAACAAAUAUGUGGGAUACUGUCUUCCAAUACUUAAUGCUUGUGUGAAUUAACAAAUAUUGAGGAAGAGUAAAUGAAAAAAACUAUUCUUGCUGCAUACAAAACAUUUUAGCAUCAGGAUUUAUUUAUGAAUUAAGCUGCACGGUUAUAGGCCCUGUAUGUACGUAAUACAUGAACAACAACAUUUAUAUUAAGAAAAAAAUCCAAAGGUUCUCAUACAAACAGUGGAGCUGCAUCCAAUUCUUGAUCUGGAUACAGCACCAAACCUUGGUUGGUAUGAGCUGAUGAUCAUGUGAUGGCUGCUGUCGGGGAUAAGAUAUUCGUACAUGGUGGAAUGGCCGGCUCCACUUUCUAUGAUGACCUCGAUGUUCUUGAUCUCAGUAAGAACUUGUGGGUGAAUGUCAAGCGGAAGAAGACGUACCCGUCGGCUAGAGCGGGACACGGAAGUCUGGUGUGUGGGACGGAUCUCUACAUCUUCGGUGGGAUGAACAGAGAUGGGGCGCUGGACGACACAUACAAACUGGACAUGGAAUCCUCGAGCAUUGAAGAUUUCUCAUCUGACGUGGUUCUGGACCAAAACCAGUCUUCUGUUGUGCAUGCUUCAGGGUCAGAUAACUCUGUCUCAGUGGACGAGCCGGCUGCUUCCAUGGAUCAGCAGAAGACAUUGAAAAUCUGUCUCAUUCAUGGGGGAAUGGACACACACGGGGAGAUUUUUGAUAACACUCUUGUGCUGCUGCUAGAACAAACAAUGUAGCAUAUUCAGAUUUGUUAUAGAUUGUGCCCAAAUUAUUUGUUGCUUGCUAUCAAAGGUCAUCCAUUUAGUAUGUACAUGUACCAGUAUGUUAAAUUAUAUGACUCUGUUAGGUUGUGGUUUUGUGAAGACGAUACCACUGACUUUCUAAUGGCAAAACAAGUUAACUGCAGUUCGGUUUGCAAUAACUCAGUGAAAACUAAACUGCGCCCAACUUAGUAAUUUUAAAAAUUGAAUAACAUUGUUUUCUUUUUUUGUGAAAACUAUUCUCUAUGUCAGCAUUACCAAAUGUUUGACAUAAUAACCUAUAAUUCUCGUUCCAGCCAGUGCACCACG